GCCGGCGUGGUCACGACUGGGCCAAUCAAGGUGGAAUGCUCGGAACAAGAUCAGCCCAUUCGCAUCAUCUUUGCGCCAAAUCGAGGUUACCUUUCUCCGCAGCAGCCACACCAAGCCAAGAAUCAAGGUCACCUUGAUCUUUCUUUCCACUUCAAACCAUCUCUAACAUUCAAUCCUCUCAACCAACUAUACCGCCAUCAUCCAUCUGCCAGCAUCGACUAUCGCACAGUGACCCCGCACGGCCGCCGCAUCUCCCAGCCCACUCUAUAUUGCUCAACAAAUAAACAAGCCGCCGUCGCAUCUCCGCAAUCAUGCCCAUCAUCAGGAAUCCCUUCCGUCGCACCGAGGACGCUGCGCGCGCCGUCGAGCCGCAACCCGAGCCUCGUCGCAAUGUCUCUGCCCCGCGCUCAAUUGACAUCAAGGAGCCUGCUGAGUACAAGCUGAGUGAAAUCAACGACAGCGGCGUCUAUCUUCCUCCAUCACCCACCGAGCGCAAGAACUUCUGGUCGACCAAGUCAAACAGCUCCACCAACUCUUCUACCAACCACCGCGCCAUGCUCAGCGAUGAGCCUUUCAACAUUUCUAGAGAAUCUUUCGACUCAUACAGACGUUCCUUUGACAUCUCAGCACGCUCUCCCGUCAUCCCGCCCGAAGGCCGUCCCCGUCAAUCUCUCGACUCAUCAUACCACCGCCAGCCCCCACGCAGUUCUCUGGCCCUCAACAGACCUCUACCAACCGCUGACGAAGGCUUCGAGGAUGUCGGUCUUGAGGACCCCAAGCCGAAGAAGCGUGGUUUCUUGUCGCGCCUGACAGACAGCAACGACGAUGGUUCAGAUAGCAGACCUACAUCAAGUCACCAUGGUUUCCACUUCGGCAGCGGUCGUAAGCGAGGUCAAAGCGGUCAAGGUGCUGAAUUGAAGCCUAUGACUGACAAGUCAAGCGACGAGUAAUCAACUUGAUCAUAAUUUCUUUGGACUCUGGAAUACAGGGCAUCAAUCUGGAUUGGCCUACCGGGAAAGGCAGGGAAUGGGACUGGGAACUAUCCGACAUGGAUAUGGGAAUCUUUUAUCUACAACUAUUACAGGCGUUUUUUUGGGAUGGAGUAGUGAAAGGAAGUGGUAUCUUCUGAGUACUGGGGU